CAUUUCAACACUUGAAAACAACGUUAUUUAAACCCUAAUUUCAUAUUCAAUUUCCAAGAAACUUGUAGAUCUGCAAACAAAUCUCUCCCAAAAAUAAGAGAAGACUCGGAAGGAAGGUAACCGCUUUCCAAUUACAAAGGAGAACGGGUAUCUUAUUCUUGUUUCGCAUCCCAACUGGAAAAAUUAAAUGCAUCAAGAUACCUGCUCUCCUACGCGUCUACAAUCGAGAAUCAAUCGAAAUCUUAGGGAUUAUACCAAGGGAUCUAAAUUGGGUAUUGGUGAUCUCUUGUUAUCUCCGUCUGCCCUUGUAUUUUUAUAAAUUUGGAUUCUAGUUGGAGGGUUUUUAGUUGAUUAGUUUUAUAUCGAGAGAUUUGAAUUGGGUAACGCUCGUUUCUUGUUAUUCCGAAUAUUCUUAAGUUCGUUGCACAUGAUAUUUAUGAAAAAAAUUAGAUAAUAGUGAUCAUUAUGGAAGAUUGAUUUUAUUUUAGGGUGAUUUCAUCGGUUUGUGAGGUUUUAAUCUUUUACUUUCAUUGUUUGAUGUACAUGGUUGUUGUCAUCGUUGAGAAAGAUUGGCUGGCGAACGUAUCUUUGUGUCUGCUCCGGCUGUUGUCUGUGCAUUGCGUUGAACAAACUGUAAGAGAUAGAUGGGAUAAAGAGUAUUUCAAACUGCAGGGCGGAUAAGGACAUCCAUAGUACUUGAAAAAACAAAAGGAAAGUUGGUUUUUGGAUUUUGAUUUUUGGAGUAAUUUUUUUUUUUCAAAGAUGGGUUCUUCCCAAGGUUCUUCUCUUUCCACGAAUGUGGCAAGGUUGGUUGAGGGUUCUGCUACAGGGAGAGAGGUUUCAUAUAUAGAUACUUUGCCUGUGUAUGUCAAGGAACUAAUAGCCGGAGGUGCUGCAGGAGCAUUUGCAAAAACCGCUGUUGCUCCACUCGAAAGAAUUAAGAUCUUAUUGCAGACACGAACUCAAGGCUUUCAUUCUCUUGGAGUCUAUCAAUCACUGAAGAGGCUACUAAAGCAUGAAGGACUUCCAGGAUUUUACAAAGGGAAUGGCGCUAGUGUUCUUCGCAUUGUUCCAUAUGCAGCAUUGCAUUUCAUGACAUAUGAACAAUACCGAUGUUGGAUAUUGGACAACUACACGGUAUUAGGAACAGGGCCCGUUGUAGAUCUUUUAGCUGGUUCAGCAGCUGGAGGGACUGCUGUGUUAUGCACAUAUCCACUAGAUUUGGCUCGCACCAAACUCGCUUAUCAAGUCGUGGAUGCAAAAUCAAGUUUGGGGAAUGAUUCUAAAAGUAUUAUUGCACAACCUCGUUACAGUGGCAUUAGAAAUGUGUUAGUGAGUGUUUAUAGGGAGGGUGGGAUGCGUGGCUUGUAUCGAGGCGUAGGUCCAACUCUUAUUGGUAUUCUGCCAUAUGCUGGCUUGAAGUUUUACAUUUAUGAAGAACUCAAGAGGCAUGUUUCUGAGGACCAACAGAGAUCAAUCAUGAUGCGUCUGUCCUGUGGUGCUUUGGCUGGCUUAUUUGGGCAAACCUUCACAUAUCCUUUAGACGUCGUUAGAAGGCAGAUGCAGGUUGAAAAUCUGCAAGGUUCUGUCGGUGGUGGUGCUAGACACAAGAAUACAUGGAAGGGGCUCACCACGAUCGUUUCCCAACAAGGUUGGAGGCAAUUAUUUGCUGGUCUCAGCAUUAAUUACAUUAAGAUUGUUCCAUCAGUUGCAAUUGGUUUCACUGCAUAUGACAUGAUGAAGUCGUGGCUUCACAUACCUCCUCGACAGAAAUCACAAUCAGUGACUGCUGCAUAGCUUUUCAACCCAUUUCACUCAGAGUGACCAACAAAAGGAGCAGAGCAGAACCGAAAUAUUUUGAUGACAAGCCUGUAUCAAAUUUUUCGGUUUCAAUUCUCAUCAGAUGAUAUCGGUAAAACUGAUUGCCUGAAGGAACAGAAGAAGAUUGGGAUGAACUUGGCUUAGUGAAUGCUGCUUUGGGAGUUGCAGAUACUCUCAACUUGUAAACUUCUCUUUUUGUUGAAAUUGAUGGCACAAUUUUUGUUUAAAAAUGGAAACAGUGUUUUAGAAUUUGAAAUCUAUACUUGGGUUUUAGAUUUAAGAAAACUUGUUGGUUUUUUAUAGUUGGAUUGGAAGUAAUGGUCGGAACGAUGAAAAAUGGUGAACAUCAUAGAUGCCCAGUGGUGCAUGAAAGAUCAAAUAAUUCAUAAAGUUAUUCGGUAUCUUUUUAAUAAACGAGCUUUGGAAAUGAAA